AUGCACCUUGCACAUGCUGGACCUUGCUGCUUGCUACCGCGACUACAGGAGCUUUUCUUCUGGCCCACCAUGAGCAAGGAUGCUGAAGCAUAUGCCACCUUUUGUGAUGUUUGUCAGAAGAUCAAGGUUGACCAUCAUGCUAAGAUAGGUGCUCUAUGA